AUGGCCGACACCGAGCCCAAGACUACCGGCGAGAACGAGCACGACCCCCAGUUCGAGCCCGUCGUCCGCCUCACUGAGACGGUCGAGACCAAGACCAACGAGGAGGACGAGGAGGUCCUCUUCAAGAUGCGCGCCAAGCUCUUCCGUUUCGUCAAGGCCGACUCGGAGUGGAAGGAGCGCGGUACCGGCGACGUCCGCAUCCUCGAGCACAAGGAGACCGGCAAGGCCCGUCUCGUCAUGCGCCGGGAUAAGACUCUGAAGGAGAUGACCCUCGAGCCCAACGUCGGCUCGGACCGUUCGUGGGUCUGGAACGUUGCCGCCGACUACGCCGACGGCGAGCCCCAGGAGGAGCUCCUCGCCAUCCGUUUCGCCAACUCUGAGAACGCCAACCUCUUCAAGAAGGCCUUCGAGGACGCGCGCGAGAAGAACGUCAAGCUCCACAAGGGCGAGAAGGUCGAGAAGAAGGAGCCCGCCGCCGAGGAGAAGAAGGACGCCGCUCCUGCUGAGGAGAAGAAGGACGACUCCAAGGACGCCGCCGAGGCGCCCAAGGAGGAGGCCAAGGCCGACGACAAGAAGGCCGAGGAGAAGACCGAGUAG